AUGGAAGAGAUUGCUCCUGAGUAUGAUGUUGUGGUGCUCGGCACUGGACUGACAGAAUGUGUGCUUUCGGGUGUUCUUAGCGUCAAGGGUAACAAGGUGCUUCACAUCGAUCGCAAUGAUCACUACGGAGGAGAGGCUGCUUCCGUGAAUAUUGAAACUCUAUUCAAGAAGUACGGCAACGUGCGUCCCGGCGAGGAACCCUGGAAGAAGUAUGGACGGGUCAAUGACUGGAACAUCGACCUGGUUCCCAAGCUACUGAUGGCGAACGGCGAACUUACGAAUAUCCUGGUUUCUACCGACGUUACGAGAUACCUUGAGUUUAAGCAGAUUGCUGGCAGCUAUGUCCAGCAAGGAAAGGGGCCCAAAGCAACUGUAGCAAAGGUGCCUUCAGAUGCUGGUGAAGCUUUGCGUUCAUCCCUCAUGGGCAUGUUCGAGAAGAGAAGAGCCAAGAAGUUCUUGGAGUGGGUUGGCGAGUUCAAGGAGGAUGAUCCUUCCACUCACCAAGGUCUGAACAUCGCUCAAUGCACAAUGAAGGAUGUUUACGAUAAGUUUGGACUCGAGGACAACACGCGUGACUUUGUCGGCCACUCCAUGGCUCUCUACCCAUCCGAUGGGUAUAUCACCACAGUCGGAAUGGCCACCGAGACCAUCCAUCGUAUCAGACUAUACGUCAACUCGAUGGCCAGAUACGGAAAGUCGCCAUAUAUCUACCCUCUGUACGGCUUGGGCGAGCUUCCUCAGGGCUUUGCCCGAUUGUCUGCCAUUUACGGCGGUACCUACAUGCUCAACACCAGCGUUGAUGAGGUCCUCUAUGACGAGAACGGCAAGGUUUCUGGCAUCAAGGCCACAAUGAAGGAUAGGGAUGACAACAGCGAGGCCAUGAAGUUUGAAACCAAGACAAAGAAGAUUCUGGCGGACCCCUCAUACUUCCCUGGCAAGGUCCGGGUGACUGGCUACUUGCUGAAGGCCAUCUGCAUCCUGAAGCACCCCAUCGACAAGACUGAUGGCAGUGACUCGCUGCAGCUGAUUAUCCCCCAGUCGCAGGUCGGAAGAAAGCACGAUAUUUACAUCGCAAUGGUGUCGUCCGCCCACAACGUUUGCCCCAAGGGCUACUACAUUGCCAUCGUGUCCACGAUCGCUGAGAGCGAUGCGAACAACCAUCUGGAAUUGGAACCUGGAUUUGAGCGUCUGGGUCAGAUCGAAGAGAAGUUCUUUGGUGCUCCCAUCCCUCUCUACGAGCCCAUCGAGAACGGCGAGAAGGACAACAUCUUCAUCUCCAAGAGCUACGAUGCCACCUCGCACUUUGAGACCACAACAGAUGACGUGCGGGAUCUCUACAAGCGGGCUACAGGCGAAGAGCUGGUCGUUGAGGGUCUCCGGGAGGACCAGAGAUUGGCGGAGGACUAA